AAUUCCUUCUCCGCACUCCGUGAUUCACACACCGGGGCCGUGGUGACGACGGCAACCGGAGGGAGGGGAGACUUCUGACGUCAGACAGGGAAGAAACGACGCGCGCGGCCAAUGAGGGGCUGAGGAUGUACAGCGUGAGGACGGGGAGCUGCCGACAGACGGCUAAUAACCAUGCCAACCGAGGGAUGUAGUGCGUGCGCGCGCCGCUGACAGAGAGAGAGAGAGAGAGAGAGAGAGAGAGAAAAAAGAGAGGGGAGAGGAGGGGGGAGGGAGACCCGAAGAGAAGAAAAUACACCAGAAGAUAAAUUCACUUAUAAAGUGUCUGAGAGCGGACGAAACGGUUUCCUGCAGGAGGGAAGAGGAAGAAGACACGGAGCUGCCAUGAUUCUCUCUCUGGCCGCAGUGACAGCCAUGAGUAGCGGCGGCGGCGGUGGCGGCCUCAACUCGUCCUCGCCCCUCGACCCGUUCGACUCGUCCACCUCCUGGACUCUGGCCGAGGACCCGUCCAACUCCUCCUCUGAGCCCGUAUUGCGAACUCUGACCCCCGACCUCCAGCCGGCGAGCACCGCGGUCGGCGUACAGGAAGUCAGCCCCUGGGACGUUGCGCUCUGCGUGACCGGGACGCUCAUCUCCUGCGAGAACGCGCUGGUGAUCGCCGUGCUCUUCUACACGCCCACGCUCCGGGCACCGAUGUUCAUCCUGAUAGGGUCGCUGGCGGUGGCGGACCUCCUGGCGGGCUUGGGCCUCAUCCUGAACUUUGUCUUCACCUACCUGGUAGACAACUCGGUUGAGUUUGUGACGCUGUUGUCAGUGGCGAUGCUCAUCUCCGCCUUCUCGGCGUCCGUCCUUAACAUCCUCGCCAUCACGGUGGACCGAUACUUGUCCCUCUACAACGCCCUGACCUAUCACACGGAGCGGACGGUCACCUUCACCUACAUGAUGGUGGUUUUCAUCUGGGUGUUGAGCCUCACGCUCGGCGUGCUGCCGGCGCUCGGCUGGAACUGCCUGCGGGACGAGUCCACGUGCAGCAUCUGUCGGCCCGUCACCAAAAUCAACGCAGUGGCGCUCGCCGUCACCUUCCUCCUGGUCUUCGCCCUGAUGAUGCAGCUCUACCUUCAGAUUUGCAAGAUUGCCUUUCGCCACGCGCAGCAGAUCGCCGUGCAGCACCAGUUCUUGGCCAUCUCCACCACCAAGGGCGUCUCCACGCUGUCGGCCAUCUUGUGUGCCUUCGGGGCUUGCUGGCUGCCGUUCGCCAUGUACUCCAUCGUGGCAGACUCCAGCUACCCCAUAAUAUACACCUACGCCACGGUGCUGCCCGCCACCUGCUGCUCCGCGAUCAACCCCAUCAUCUACGCGUUUCGAAACCCCGACAUCCAGAAGUCGCUGUGGCUGGCGUGCUGCGGGUGCGUCCCGUCCAACCUCUCCCUCAGACCCAGGACCUCCAGCGACGUGUAGCAGGUGAAGGUCGGUUUCUGUUUGGCACGAAGCUGAGACGCCGAGUCAGGGUUGUGCGAGGGGAAACGAGAUCGAGGGGGGAGGAAGGUUGAAGGUUACGGCUGAGGAAAAAAAGAUUUCCUCCCCCCCCCCCCUCACAUCAGGGCUGAUGGCGGUCGCACGUCUGGCCACAGUACAAGUGGCGGUGGCACAAGGAGAAGGAAGCGACAGCGCUCGGUCAGGAAGAAGAGAAGAAGAGCGAGCAGAGAUCUCGAGCGUGAAACCAACUGCAAAAGAAGGACUCAGGUUUUUUGUCCUGGUGGCGGCGGCGGGAGCUGCAGCUGCCGAGCAAACUUCUCACAGGGUAGCAAACACGAGAAGGAACUAAAGUUCGUAAUCCUCCCCGGCACCGGAGCUCGGGCAAAACACCGCAUGGUUAUGCAAUCUGAGGUGAAGUCGUCUUAAAAUACUGUUUGUGUGUGAUUUUUUUUUUUUUUUUUUAAAUGAAGUGGAUUAAAAAAAACUACAAUGAGCUAAAUGAACGACCUUGAGUAUCCUCAGACAGCGGACAGGAAGGAGAUAUUUCCUCCUGUGAAAAACGUCCACGUUCUCGUUGACCUGAUGCAGAUUACGUUCAUGGUCAGCUUUACGUGUUUAUACUGCAACUGGAACGGUUAUUAAAGAUCAUAGUCGUCCGACGGGAAGACGCUGGGGAAUAAUUCACUUGUCCUGACGCAGAUCUGCUAGUCGCGGGGGGGGGGGAAACGCGGAGAGGAGAUUUUCCAUCUCUGGGCCGGCGUGCGUCGUUGCCCUGUUGUGAUGAAAUCAGAUCUGCUCGCACAAACGGGUUUCUCAGCGAGCCGCUGCCGCCGUGACUGUGAGGCGGAGAGAGAGAGCGAGCUGAAUUCAGCACCAAGGACAGCGCCACUGCAGAGCGCCGCUACCCUGGGA